UGGCACUCAUCCACUUAAACCAAUUACAAAACCCUAUCUCCGAUCUUCCAUCCCAGUCUCUGCUGAAACCUUUUCUCGAGUUUUUUGUCUAACGAUUUUUCUCUGCAGACUCUCCAAACCCUAAUUCCAACCAAACCUUCAUUCAGAUCGAGAGAGAUGGGUGAAACGAAGGAGAACGAAGCUUACGAAGAAGAGCUCCUCGACUACGAGGAAGAAGACGAGAAAGUCUCCGACUCCGCCGCCAAAGUCAACGGCGAAUCCGCCAAGAAGGGCUAUGUUGGAAUUCACAGUUCUGGAUUCAGAGACUUCCUUUUGAAGCCAGAGCUUCUGCGUGCUAUUGUAGACUCUGGAUUUGAGCAUCCUUCAGAAGUGCAACAUGAGUGUAUCCCCCAAGCAAUAUUGGGUAUGGAUGUCAUUUGCCAAGCAAAAUCUGGAAUGGGGAAAACUGCUGUUUUUGUUCUGUCAACACUGCAGCAAAUUGAGCCUGUUGCAGGUCAAGUUGCUGCCCUUGUCCUUUGUCAUACGAGGGAACUAGCUUACCAGAUCUGCCAUGAGUUCGAGAGGUUCAGCACCUAUUUGCCUGAUAUUAAGGUUGCUGUUUUCUAUGGUGGUGUCAACAUCAAAAUUCACAAGGAUCUAUUGAAGAAUGAAUGUCCUCACAUUGUUGUUGGAACACCUGGAAGGAUAUUAGCACUUGCUAGGGAUAAGGAUCUUUCUCUGAGGAAUGUGAGGCAUUUUAUUCUUGAUGAAUGCGACAAGAUGCUUGAGUCGCUUGACAUGAGAAGAGAUGUGCAGGAGAUAUUCAAGAUGACUCCUCAUGACAAACAGGUUAUGAUGUUUUCGGCAACACUGAGCAAGGAAAUCCGCCCUGUUUGCAAGAAAUUCAUGCAAGAUCCAAUGGAAAUUUAUGUUGACGACGAGGCCAAGUUGACCCUUCAUGGUCUUGUACAGCACUAUAUCAAAUUGAACGAGCUGGAGAAAAACCGCAAGCUUAAUGACCUUCUUGAUGCAUUGGACUUCAAUCAAGUUGUUAUAUUUGUCAAAAGUGUGAACAGAGCUGCUGAGCUGAACAAAUUACUGGUUGAGUGCAAUUUUCCAUCCAUCUGCAUCCAUUCUGGCAUGUCUCAGGAAGAAAGGUUGACACGCUACAAGGGUUUUAAAGAGGGGCACAAGCGGAUUCUUGUGGCAACAGAUCUGGUUGGUAGGGGAAUUGACAUAGAACGUGUUAACAUCGUCAUCAACUAUGAUAUGCCUGAUUCAGCAGAUACUUAUCUGCAUAGGGUGGGUAGAGCUGGGAGGUUUGGUACUAAAGGGCUUGCAAUCACAUUUGUUUCAUCUGCAUCUGAUUCAGAUGUUCUCAAUCAGGUUCAGGAAAGGUUUGAGGUUGACAUAAAGGAGCUCCCUGAGCAGAUAGAUACAUCUACAUAUAUGCCAUCCUAGAGGGGCCUGCUUGUGGCAUAGAUGCACCUGCAUGAAUAUGAUCAAAGUGGCUGCGGUCAUAAAGAGACACUUGUUGCUGGCCCGAUGUUGAAUGGUGAAGCCGGUUUGAAAGGAACGGGAUAGCGGCGUAAUAGUCUUUUAUGCUUUGCCGUUGGAUGCUUUUUCACUACUGUACCCCUUCUAAACCAGAUUAGGAGCUGAGCGGCAGCCAAAACUAGAGCCUGGAAUCGUGAUUUGACUAGCUAGAUUUGUAAUUUAUUAGCAUGUGAUCUUUGUUUCCCAACCCCUUUUUGCCUUUUGACUUUCUAUGUUAACUGUUUGGGAGCUAAGACAUGAAUAUCUUGUCGAUUAUGGAUGGAUGGACACUCUCGGUGGGUUCGCUGGGACUAUACCCCCCGUGGAGCUGCUAUCGGGAAAUUAUGAGAGACCGGCAAUCUGCUUCAGACGAGUUGGUUAUUGAACAAUGCAAUUUUAAGCGUUUGGAUGCAAGGUAAAGAAGUUCAAUAUAUAUAUGGAUGAUGUUUCAUUUGUAGUCAGGGUUUGAAUGUGCAAGGGAGGUUGGAUAUAUUCUGGCCGUUGCUAUG